AUGCGCGGAUGUGGCAUAACGACAUUGCCCUGUCGCCAUUCCCUCAUAAAGGCUAGCGACUUUGUUGCUUACUGGUACUUUGGGACUUCCGUCAUCUUCCUGUCGAUGUUCGGCAGUCGUCGUCGUGACGCUGUGCCUCUAAAUUUGAAAAUUUGCUUCGACAGCCUGAGUCAGCUCUGCUACCGCAGCGGGCACGUGCAAGCUUGUGCAGGUACACCCAUAAGACAUGCGUCGAUUCGUCCAAAUCCGAGGGAAGAGCUUUCUCCAUAUCAAGUCGACCAGCUGCUGCGCAGAAAGGAGUUUUCGAAAACAAUUGGAGAGGGCAAUUCAGUACUUGGAUAUGAUACGAAUCAAGUAGCGGCUAACUCUCCAUGUGAGGAUCAUCACACUGAAGCUUGGUGCCCCCUGAUAAACACUAAUUUUUUUGGAGUGUUCGAUGGCCAUGGGGGAAGUGGAUGCUCACGAUCAGCAGCCACUCGUCUUUACGAUUACAUGGCACUGUCCCUCCUGCCGGAAAAGAUGUUAAAGGAACUGUUUGUCGGUGACAAAUUUCCACAGCUGAAUACGAUUCUGAGCACCAGUUCAGAUCCUCAGAUCCCGGCAGAAUUUAGUGAUGCACAUUUUAGGAACCUUCGUAAUUUUGCCAGGCACUGCUCUAAAAACUACUACUCUCUGAGGACAGCAUUUGUUACCUUUGACAACGACUUGAGUCGCGACGCGAUGCCUGACAAAAAAGGCAUAGUCGAACUGAUGAAAUUGAAAGUAGUCGUGUCAGGCUCAUGUGCAUGUGUAGCCUCAAUUCGAGGCUCGCAUUUGCAUAUCGCGCAUGUCGGCGACAGUGCGGCUGUCCUCGGCGUUCAAAGUGAGGAUGGUGUAUGGUCGGCGCGUAGACUCACCAAGGAUCACACAAUCGACAACCAGGAAGAAGAACAGCGCAUUCGUAUGGAACAUCCGAAAAACGAAGCGUACACGGUACUAAAAGAUGAUCGACUCCUUGGCAUCCUCUUUCCGCUACGCGCCUUUGGUGACAUCAGGAUAGGGAAUCAUGUAUUAACGAAAGAUUUUCGUCAGAUCUUCAUCUUACAUGGCCGCUUCUCCUUUCUGGUCGCGCAGGCAAACGAGUCAGACAGCGCUUCCAACGUUCCCGAUCCUGUGCCAGAGUCUGAGUUGGCAGAAGAAAAUUGGAGUCUGGAACGGACUCCUUCCAUAUAA